GGUAAGGUUUUCGCGUCACCGGGAUGCAAUUCACUUAUUGGAGCAGAAGUUUUUAUCUUAAUCCUCUCUGGUGUAGUGCCUUUCCAUGAUUGACCCCCCUCUGGUGCAGAACCCUUCUAACCUUUACCUCAACCCCACACUUCGUGCCCUGCUUAGUAAGCCAAUCCUGUCUGAAGCCAAAAUAGGCGAUCUUUAGCGUAUUGCGGCUCGGGCCGGCCUUGCAUACGCAUGUAGGUCAAGUCUAGAGAAUUCUACAUAAAUCUGGCUGCCCCUGAAUUUCCUCACCCCGCAGCAUUCUCUCUAUCAAUAAUAGCUACCGUAUUCAACUGAAACUCAAAAAAAUUCCAACAGUAGCCAUGCCAAUUUCCAAGACAUUCACACUUCCAACCACGGGUGCAAAGGUGCCAGCCGUUGGGUUCGGGGCCGGUACUAAGUGGUUCAAGCGUGGUGGGGCCAGUGAUCCAUUUGACACCGCUUUGGUCCAGACCAUCACCCAAGCUGUAGAUGUUGGUUUUACUCAUAUCGAUGGUGCGGAGAUUUACGGUACUGACGGUGAGAUUGGGCAAGCCCUCGCCGAGAUAAUCAAGGGUGGAAAGUCCAGAUCUGACUUGUGGAUCACCAACAAGUACUUUGCCGGUGACUCCAGUUACAAAUACAGGUCCUCUUCUGGGACUCCCUUAGAUGCCAUUAAGAAGCAAUUGAAGGAAACUGGUGCUGAUUAUUUUGAUUUAUACUUGCUCCACUCUCCUUGGAUCAAGAGGGAGUCACAUGGCUUCUCCCUUCAGGAAGCGUGGCAAUCCUUAGAACAGGCCCAGGAGUUAGGUUUGGCCAAGAAUAUUGGUGUCUCUAACUUUGGUGUAGAGCCAUUGCAGGAUAUUCUCAAAGUGGCUAAAGUGGUUCCCCAAGUUAACCAGAUCGAAUUCAACGCAUACUUGCAGAACCAGACCCCGGGGAUUUUCGAGUUUGCUCAGGAACACAAGAUUUUGCUCUCGGCAUAUGCCCCACUUGCACCUUUGUACAAGGGUCCAGGUCCUAUCGACCCAGUCGUUGCUGCUUUGACCAAGAAGUAUGGCAAGUCUGAUACCCAAGUGCUUUUAAGGUGGGUAAUCCAAAAGGGCGUCUUACCCAUCACCACCACUUCCAGAAAGGAAAGAUUGACCGAGAUUUUGGGAAUUUUUGACUUCGAAUUGACCCAGGAAGAAGUGGACGAAAUCGCCACUUUGGGAGAACAGAAAAAGUUGAGAUUGUAUUGGAUCCCAGACUACAGCAAAUACGAUGAUUAAGAUUUUCAACAAUGCCGUUUUAUCGAAUUAGUACCAAAGUUACUGUCAUCAAUUGAAUAUCGUAUGUGGGUGUUACUAAAAC